AUGACUCGCCUCAAAGAUAUCCCGAACGAGAUCCUCACGAGUAUCUUCACACAUCUCUCUGACAUCAACCACUCCAGCAUCUUCAACGUCACUCUCGUCAACAAACAUUUCAAUCAGCUCGCCAGUCCUCUUCGCGUUCGUCACUGGAGCGAUGAAGGCUUCUACGGCUACUACGACGGCGAUUCACCAUGUCCGCCAAUUUCAAGACUAGCGCUCGAACUCUUACGCCAUCCUGAAUAUCGUCUACAAGUCAAGACUCUAUCGUUCUCAUACUUCCAAAGUAGCCAGGACCGCGACGCGGCUCGCGUCCCCAUGAAACUCGAAAAUCUCCAAAUGCUCGCCUGGGCAGCUGAAGAAGUUGUUCCGACACUCGCCGAGUCAACAUAUAUAUGUGCCCGCAUCCUCGAGGACAACGACGACGCCAUUGCUGUUCUUGUCCUGGCAUGGGCGACGAACUUGAGGAGCCUCAGCGUGACGAUUCCAGACUUUGAUCCAACGCCAGGGUAUGAUGAAGGACCUCUUGUUCUGCGCUUUGCAAAACAACUAGCUCUUCGUUUUGAGAGCAGAGACCUCAAACCAAGUGCACCGCUGCCGCUUUCCAAGCUUCGAGAACUCGAGUUUCGGCACGAGAGUAUCGAAAGUAUUGUUGGGCUCAAGUAUCUGACCCCGUUUCUCUAUCUGCCCAAUCUCAAGAACCUCAAGACAUAUAGACUUGGUGAUCAAGAGUACAACGAUCUUGAGGAAAGCGUUCAAAAUUAUAUCAAAGACAAAUACUGCAUGCCGUUUCCGAAGGGUACCUCAUCUAUUGAGUCUAUAACUAUCAAAGAGACUACUUUAUCGAGUGCUGGACUCUCAGAUCUUCUUGGAUCUUGUAGCAGCUUGAGAUAUUUCUACCUUCACUUCUCAUUCGACCUCGAGGACAAUAAGCGGAACUGGACUACACUAGCUAACAGCCUGGUUCAUCAAGCAGCAUCUCUGGAGGAGUUGGAUCUGUGUGUUGAUAACUGUGAUGUUGAGUGGGUAGGAGAUACUGUUGACGACGGGACAGACAUUUCUAAGCCCAUCGAUUUCAAAGAUUGCUACCAGCAACUCACUAGCCUCAAAAGCCUCAGGGUUCCUAUGCCUCAACUAUCUGGUCACUAUCUGUGGUCGCGGUUAGGAUCUCUAGGGGCCAGCCCUGUGCGGUUACCGGAAUCUAUCCAACAUCUCAGGCUUUUGGACAUCAACUUGUGGUCUAACGCACGACGCCUUUCCGAACAUGAAAUCUCACCCUUCUUGGACUUUGUUGUUAAUCUCCUCAGGGAGACGGGACGACAAGGGCGAUUGAGAAAUCUUCAGACACUGGAUUGUACCAAAGCACUUUGGGACGACCCAAAGAGAGAAAGGAUACAAGAAAUCAAGGAUCUGGCAGAAGAGCGCGGGAUCAAUAUUCUCCUUGACGCACGGAAACAUGAUAGGCAUGGGCGAGAUCUUGGUGCAUGA